AUGCCUCUACUUGAUAUUCCAACUCUUAAUGUGAUACAACUGGGGUUGGGUUUCUUCUCAACAUUCUUUGCCUUCAAUUCUCAGGGGUUCAUUGAGGAAGCAGUAAUUGACAGUGCUGCAGAUAGUGGAAAUCUCAACAAACAUGCUGGAUACUACAGUUUAUCUAUUAUUUAUGCAGUUUUCACAGUUGCAAACUUUGUUGCUGCGCCGAUAGUCGACAUACUGACUCCAAAAUGGGCAAUGGUUGUUGGAUCAUUGUGCUAUGCAAUUUUCCAGGCUGGCUUCUUGUUCCUGAAUGAAUGGUAUUUGUAUGCCAGUAGUGCACUUCUCGGCCUUGGAGCUUCCAUCAUUUGGACUGGUCAAGGAUCUUAUCUCUCUCAGAAUUGUACAAAGGAAACCACCAGCCGUAACAGUUCAAUGCUCUGGGCAAUGUCUGAAAGCUCUCUUCUCGGUGGAGGUGUAUUUCUGUUUAUCGUGUUUAGUGUGCAAGGUGCUAGCGAUCAGAUUCCAACUUCUACAAUCAACAUCCUUUACUCAGUAUUUACUGUACUUUCGGUCAUCUCCACAUUCAUUUUCGCCUUUCUUCGCGCACCUUUCUAUCCGGAAACCGUCGAUCGGAAGAACUAUGGGAAGCUCGUGGGAUCGACAUUCAAGUUGAUGUUCACCAAGAAAAUGAUCCUUCUUGCCUUCGUUUUUGCCUACACCGGAAUUGAGCAAUCUUUUUGGACAGGAAUCUACCCAACAUGCAUCUCAUUCACCAAACAACUCGGAAGCAAUACAAAUGCUCUUCUUGCUCUUAACGCGAUUUGUACUGGUUUCGGACAAAUUGCCGCUGGUGUUUUGUCAGGAUUAUUGGGAGACAAAGUGCGCAAGAUAGGAAGGGACACUCUUAUCCUUAUCGGUACUACUGUCCAUCUGAUAGUUUUUGCUCUAUGCUUCAUCAACUUUCCACAAGACUCAUCGCUAAAGAAAACUGACGAAAUGGGAGGACUCAUACAACCAAACUUGGCGAUUGCUUUGAUUGCUGGAGGUCUUUUGGGAUUCGGUGAUGCUAUUUGGAACACUCAAAUCUACUCGUUCCUCUGUGAUACCUUCCCUAAACAGAGUGCCCAAGCGUUUUCGCUUUUUAAAUUGUAUCAGUCCGCUCUAUCCUGUGCUGCAUUUUUCUACGCCCCCGUCCUCCAGCUCUACUGGCAUUUGGUUAUUCUCGUUGUCACGUCGUUGUUUGCCGCGUGUUGCUUCUUCUACGUGGAGCGGAUUUCAAGAGACAAAACAUCUGUUAGAGAUUCAUAUAAUUUUGAGGAGGACAAAGUGACUAAUCUGCGUGGAGAUGUUCAAUACAGAAUUAAUGAAAACGAACAGCACAAUAGUGGGUGA